CUGUGUUCUGAGGCCCUUUUAGGAGCUUUGGAGGAGGCAGCGGUGUGUCUUUCUGAGGGGCUUGAGAAGCCCAAAGGCAGCCUCCUCCUCUUCGUCACGAAAAGUUUGCAGGCCCCUCAAGUUCCCGACGAAGAGUUGUGGGCCUCAGUUCCCAGGCCUCCCCAAGGCAGCCAGGCCGGCUCCGAGGGAGGCUCGCCUCGCCUCCUGGUUCUUUUCCCCGCCUCCCUCCCUCCUCGUCCCGCUCCGGGGCCUCCUCCUCCUUCUUCUUCGUCCUCCUCAGUCGAAGGAAGGCGAAGAAGGAGCUUGGCGCGCAAAGGGAAGGCGGGCGCCAUGAGGGCCCCGAGUCCGGCGAGGAGGAGGAGGAGGAGGGAGGCGCUUCCCUUCCCGGACGGCUUCCAACUCGGGCUGAGCCCGGACCAAAGAGGGACGCCGCCGAGGAGAGCCAUUUAAAGGGCUCCGCUGCUGCUGUUGCUGCUGCUGCUGUUUGGGCUUUGCUUCCCUUCCCCGAAGGAGCCUUGAGGACUAGCGCCAUGGCCGGCACUCCGGACAACGCCGCCACCGACGACGACGUCCCCCUCAUCCUGACCCUCGAGGAGAACCGGGAAAAUGGAGGCAACUAUGACUUGGUCAACGACACACACAGCCCAGCUGCUGGGGACUGCUAUCCGCGACAGACUUGUGGAAGACACAACUGGGAUAUGAACUACCAAGAGUCAGCAAUCUACCUCCAGGAAGGAGAGAACAACGACAAGUUCUUCACACACCCCAAGGAUGCCAAAGCGCUGGCUGCCUACCUCUUUGUACACAAUCAUCUCUUCUACCUAAUGGAACUGACCACAGCCUUGCUGCUCCUGCUGCUGUCCCUCUGUGAAGCCCCUGCAGUCCCCAUGCUCCGCCUCGGCAUCUAUAUCCAUGCAACCCUGGAGCUGCUUGCCCUAACAGUUGUGGUGUUUGAGCUCUCUAUGAAAAUGAGAUGGUUGGGCUUCCACACUUACAUUCGGCACAAAAGGACCAUGGUUAAGACCAGUGUCCUGUUGCUGCAGUUUGUGGAGGCAAUAGUAGUGUUGGUGCGGCAGACAUCCCAUGUGCGGAUCACGAGAGCCCUGCGAUGUAUCUUCCUGGUUGACUGCCGUUACUGUGGCGCUGUUAGAAGAAACCUGCGACAGAUCUUUCAGUCUCUCCCUCCAUUCAUUGACAUUCUCCUUCUGCUGCUUUUCUUCAUGGUCAUCUUUGCAAUCCUUGGGUUUUAUUUGUUCUCCCCCAACAAAUCGGAUCCUUAUUUCAACACCUUAGAGAACAGCCUUGUGAAUCUCUUUGUUCUUCUGACCACUGCAAACUUUCCAGAUGUCAUGAUGCCCUCUUAUGCCCGAAGCCCCUGGUCCUGUGUCUUUUUUAUUGUGUACCUUUCCAUUGAGCUCUACUUCAUCAUGAAUUUGCUACUUGCUGUUGUGUUUGAUACUUUCAAUGAUAUUGAAAAGAUGAAGUUCAGAUCCUUGCUGCUUCACAAGCGCACAGCGAUUCAACAUGCCUAUCGCCUGCUUGUCAGUAAACAGAGACCUGCUGGAAUUUCGUUCAAGCAGUUCGAUGGGCUGAUGCGCUUUUACAAACCUCGGAUGACCACUCGAGACCGUUACCUUACUUUCAAAGCACUGAAUCAAAGCAAUACACAUUUACUCAGUCUAAAGGAUAUGUACAGUUUCUAUGAAGUUGUUGGUUUAAAGUGGAAGGCAAAAAGGAACCGGGAACAUUGGUUUGAUGAUCUUCCACGGACUGCAUUCCUUAUUUUUAAAGGCAUUAACAUACUGGUGAAUUCCCGAGCUUUCCAGUACACCAUGUAUACUCUGGUGGCAGUGAAUGGCCUUUGGAUCUUAGUGGAAACCUUUAUGCUACGAGAUGGAAUCUUCUCCCGGGAUGUCCCUUGGAGUUACAUUGUUUUCCUUACAAUUUAUGGGGUAGAGGUGUUACUGAAGACCACUGGAUUGGGACCUGUGGAGUACCUCUCCUCUGGUUGGAACCUCUUUGAUUUUUCAGUCACCGUAUUUGCAUUCUUGGGUCUUUUGGCUCUGGCAUUUGACAUGGAGCCAUUCUACUUCAUCGUAGUGCUCCGGCCUCUGCAGUUACUCAGGCUCUUUAAGCUGAAGAAACGUUAUCGGAACGUCCUGGAUACUAUGUUUGAGCUGCUUCCUAGGAUGGCCAGUCUAGGUUUAACAUUGCUCAUCUUCUAUUACUGCUUUGCCAUCAUUGGUAUGGAGUUCUUCUCAGGAAAACUCUACCCAAACUGUUGCAACACCAGCACAGUAGCCGAUGCCUAUCGCUGGGUGAACCACACUGUUGGGAACAGGACAGUAAUGGAAGAAGGCUACUACUAUCUCAACAACUUUGACAACAUUCUGAACAGCUUUGUUACUCUGUUUGAAUUGACAGUCGUCAAUGACUGGUACAUCAUCAUGGAAGGGGUAACAUCAGAGACAUCUCACUGGAGUCGCCUCUACUUCAUGAUUUUUUAUAUCGUGACUAUGGUUGUGAUGACAAUAAUUGUUGCCUUUAUAUUGGAGGCAUUUGUGUUCCGUAUGAAUUACACCCGGAAGAACCGAGAUUCAGAAGAAGAUAGUGGCAUCAUAUUUGAGAGGGAAGUCUCCAAGGAAGAAAUUACAGCUGUAGCAGAGAUGUAUGGAAGGACUUGCGGUGUUUCGGCUGCUGGCCAGCUGCUCAGGGUCAUUUCCCAGAUGGACCGGCACCAACAAACAUCCAUGCUUUUCCUGGGGCGGCGAUCAAGGACCAAAAGUGAUUUAAGUAUGAAGAUGUACGAGGAAGAAAUAGAGGAAUGGUAUGAAGAGCAUGCCCGGAAAGAAGAAAGGCAGUUUCCUUGGCGAGGGGGCAGCGAGAUGCUCAGCCAACCCUCAGGCUUGCGCCAGCGCUCUCAAACCAUUAUCUAGCUUCUCCUCCUCUGCAUUAACCACCUCCUACUUCACUUUGCCAUCUUUGUGUUGACUUAAUGCCUAGUGGAGCCUGGUAGAACAUCUCCUGGAACUUUUUGGAAGAAGAGCCAUCUAGUUCUUCUGCAAAAGCCUGCUGCUGUCUUGAUUCCUGCCAGGCACCUUGGCAUGAUGGGCAUUGAAGGCAGAACUCAGAAGGGUAGCAAGGUGGGUGUAGCUGGUGGUACCCGCUCAUGAGUUCCCAGCUGUUCGGACUUCAGUUCCCCAAAGUCCCAGUCAGCACAGCCACUGGUCAGGAAUUCUGGGCGCUAUAGUCCUAAAUCAUCUGGGGUCCCAAAACUAGGACACACUGCAAUAUAGCAAAGAAGGAUUCCAGUCCAUGGCCCCCUGCAACCCUUUAGUGCUUACACUUAUUUUGAUGGGAAAUGAAUUGACCUCACUGUGGUGAAAGGGAAGUUUCUGCCUCUUCACUUGCCAGACCACUAACUAGUCAAAGCAACAAAUCUUUGUGUAGCCUUUUGGGGCCAGUUUAGAUAUCACAAAUGUAGGCAAAGAAGUCUUAAAAGUGUUUUCCCUUAACCUCUGAAUGCCAUUUCAAACUUUGCAACACCACGUAGGCCAUGUGGAGUAGCAAACUUGACACAAGGCAGCAGUAAGAUAGCUUCUAGGAACAUACAUCCACACUGCAGAACAUCCCUGUAAGCUCUGUUAAUACGCAGUUUUUUGGCUGCAUCACUAAUUCAACUUGUCUCUCAAUUUGCACUGUAACUUUUUUGGGGGGGUGUCUUUUUUAAAGAAAAUAAGCUAGUAAUUAAUUCCAGAAGCUACUUUCUUCCAACAUGUUGCAAGCUGGAAGGAAAACCAACCUCAGUAUGGGGCAUCCCCUUCUAACUCUUCUCUCCUUAGCUUCCUCCGACACCCUUAACUCCAAAGACAAUCAUGUGUAGGGAUGAAACCUUGGGAGGGUUUCGUAUGCUAGGAGUUUGUAUGGCCGUUAUAAGAAUGUCUGAAACAGUAUUAUAUAGAUGUUUCCAGGCGCAAUUAAAUAAAACUUUUUUCAGCAUUA